CUAUCGAGCAGAGUGUCCCUGUUGAGAUUUUCGAAAAGAUGCAGUCUUUGUAAAUAUUUCGAAGAAUUCGGACGUUUUUUUGAAGAAAAAAGAACUGAAAAUUGACUUGAAUUUUCGAAAGGAUUUUCGAUUCUGUUAAGUGAAAAUAUAGUUUUCCCAAAAAGGGAUUCAAUUCCCGACACGGAUAAACUCAAAAUAUUUGUCGGAAAUUGUGUCGAAAAACAUAGUUGAAAAAUAAAAACACAAAAAACGCAAAUUUUAAAUAUCGCAGUGUGGAUAUUUAAAUUUAUUGGUGUGACCUCUAAAAGUGAUUUUGAAAAAACAGAAAAACAGAAAAUUAUUUUCAUCGUUAUAUAAUAAUUGUUCUUGAAAACAAUUCUGAAAAUAAUAAAAUAUGGAUUCUGAUAAAGUUGUCAAAGCCAUGGCCCGCUGGUGGCAGAGAGACAAAUACGAAUUAGAACUAGAGGGCGCGGCACACCAUCGAGGUUUAUUCAAACCAUCUUCAACUUCAAGAUCGUCGUCGUUGACAGGAAGGAGACAUACAGUGAGCCAAGAAGAUGCUGAUCAAAAUGCUAGAAAUCCAAUGCUGUAUGAUCCUCUUUCUGAUGGAGCUGUUAGGACAUCAACAAAAAUGCAGUAUGUUGCUGCUUUGGUUGUGUGUCUUGGUGCUGUAUCCGCUGGAACCGCCUUAGCUUGGACAUCUCCUGUUCUACCACAAAUAAGUGUUGAUCCAACAAUUAAUAUAACUGCAAAUUCAACGAACAGUGAUGAGCUUCGAUUAACUGUUGGUGAACAGACUUGGGUGAGUUCCCUCCUGGCUAUUGGUGCCUUUCUAGCGGCUCUACCUACAGGUUACAUUGCUGAUGCUAUUGGACGGAAAUACACAGCUCUUCUGAUGGAUGUGCCAUUUAUUGUUGCAUGGAUAAUGACAAUCUUUGCAAAAUCAGCUGGAAUGUUGUGUUUGGCUCGUUUCCUUAUUGGAAUCUCUACUGGAAGCUUCUGUGUUGUGGCUCCAAUGUACAUCUCCGAAAUUGCAGAAACGUCAAUUCGUGGAUCUUUGGGAACACUGUUUCAACUUACCCUAAGUUGUGGAAUUCUUAUGGUCUAUUUGGUCGGUGCAGCGGUUUCUUGGAAAGCUUUGAGUGUCUUCUGUCUGUGUAUCCCGAUAGGUCUGUUUAUUGGAAUGUGCUUCCUGCCUGAAACUCCAGUUUAUCUGCUCAAAAAAGGUCGACGCGGCGAUGCAGCUCUCUCUCUGAAAUGGCUCUGGGGUCGUUACUGUGAUUCUCGAUCGGCCAUCCAGAUUAUUCAAACCGACUUGGACUCUGCCGGCAGUGAUGCCUCAUUCAUGGAUGUCUUCAGGAAUAGGGCCGCCAAGAACGCCCUCAUCAUUUCAAUGCUCCUCAUGUUCUUCCAACAAUUUUCCGGCGUCAAUGCUGUCAUCUUCUAUACGGUGCCCAUUUUCAAGUCUGCCGGAAGUACCCUCAAUCCAUCGGCGUGCAGUAUCAUUGUGGGAAUAGUUCAAGUCAGCAUGACUCUUGCAUCCUCAUUCCUGAUCGAGAGAGCAGGCCGUAAAAUUCUGCUGAUCUUCAGCAGUAUUUGCCAAUUAAUUUGUUUGACAGUUCUCGGCAUCUACUUCGACAUGAAGGACAGCGGCAAAGACGUCAGCGAAAUUGGAUGGUUGCCAUUGUUGUCGGUUGUGUUGUUCAUGGUCACCUUCUCGCUGGGUUAUGGUCCCAUUCCUUGGCUAAUGAUGGGUGAACUCUUCCCGCCAGAUGUCAAGGCCACUGCGGUUGCGUUGACAGUUAUGUCAAAUUGGUUCUCAGUAUUCAUGGUCACAAAAUGUUUCGGCUCAAUGGUGGAGGCCUUAGGAUCAGAUGUCACUUUCUGGUUCUUUGCAUUUUGUAUGUUUUCAGCAACACUUUACGUCUUUUUCAUGGUGUUCGAAACUAAGGGAAAGAGUUCGGCACAAAUUCAAAUGCUGCUUGGCGCCGAAAAAUGAGAGGUUUUUUCAAAAUUAUGUAAAUUAUAAGGUUUUAAAAUGUUUAUGUUCGAUAAGUUUGAUGAAAGAGUAGAAAGGAAAUUAUUUUUAUUUAAAUGUGUCAGGUCAGUAGGAUCCUAUAUAUUUUUAUUGUAUUAUGUAUUAAUUAUUGUAAUUUAUUGUAAAUUAAUAAAUUGAAUAAAAUAAUAUAUAAUUAACUGCAUACAUAUAAACCUAAAAACUAUUGUGUAUACAUUCAUGAAAUGUAAAAAGAAAUAUUUCAUAGACUGAUAAACAUGAGAAAUUAUUAAAUUUAUUU